AUGAUUCUGCAUGCUGUCGGUCGGUUUGGGUUUGUUCGAAACGAGGUAGCAGCAGUCAUACCCGUGAUUGUGGGGCCACCACCACCUCACCUGCUUGCCCCUCACCAGCCCCCCCGCCGCACCCAUCACCCCCGCACCCUUGACAUUUUAGCGCUUAGGUUUUGGGGUUUCCUGCAACACCCGGCCCAGACCUCCGAAACAGACCUGGUCCCAGACUGCACGGAAGCUGCCAGGUUCUGGGUGCUGGUGCGAGAGAAAGACUGCUACACCACCUUGGUGUUUGUAAACUUAAAAGGGCGCCGCAAUCUUGCAGCUGUGCCUGAAGUGGAUGCCCGCGCAUUUCGAAAGCUUGCGAGGAACCAGGACGGCUUUCAAACAGCAAAGAUGUUCAGAUCCGUCUUGGCUUCACCAAAAUCCAGCCCCAUAUCACUACUUGAGAUUGAAUCUGACAUGGGUGAGAAGCUUGAUUUUGACAAUUUUCGGGUAGUGGUACCCGAGUCUGGAUUCCAGUAUCCGUGGCAGCUGCUCCUGCCUGUCACGCUGAUGCAUCAAGUGCAUCCGUUCCGCUCCACCGGCGACCGCAGUGACCUCAGCCAGUUGAUGGUGGAGCUGGCUGGAGCCACUUUUUCAGAAUCAUCAUCCCUGAUUGACGAUCUUGCCAGCACAUUGUGCCUCCGAGUGAUGACGGAGAGUCGCCGGCACGGAGGGCAUCAGUAUUCACCGGCACAGGUGUUAAACUGUGUCUUGCUUUCUGACCAGCUGAAGGAUCUCAGCUGCUUUGCUGCCGUGGUGAAGCAGUGCUUCCUGAUGGCCCUAGAUCCAGCUUUGGCAGCCCAUCUUCUGAGUCAGGGCCUGCGCGUCCCCGCGGCUGCAACUGUUUAUCGACACAGACUGCUGUUGGAUUUAGUUGCAAUGGUUUUUUCCAGGCGGUAUUUCUUCCGCAUCUGUCGUAGCCCAUCGGAUCCAGAGUCUGGGCCCCCACACUGGGCUUUGCAUUUGCGGGCGGAUUCAUCUCCGCAGUACGGGAAAGAUUAUUAUGUGGUGGAAUGUGAUCACAUCCGAGUAGAUUUGAUCUCAGAGUCCUUUCUGUUCAGUGACAUGAAACAGGUCAUCACACGAAGAGUGCUUCCCCUGCAAUUGAUCGGGGAACGUGCUGCUGGAACAGAACAGAGCUAUUCCCUCGCGUUCGAUAUGGGCGUCGAAUCGAACUUGCUGGCAGCACCUCAAGGGCAGGCCGUGGAUAUGAUAUUCCCUUACAGUGUGCCCAGCAAGUUGGACGAUGUCGAUUGGGAGUGUGUUGAACGGAAAGAGGUCUUGGAUUGGGUCUUGCCUCGCCGACGUCCCUUGGAGGCUUUGCGGAUUCAUGACUUGACGGUGUCGCAUGACUUGGACGAGUGCGAUGUCCAGUUUCUCACACAGUUGAGCCACGACGCCGCCACAUCCAAGCUAUUCUGGUGCAUGGCGCUGCUUGUGGAACCCAUCGUUGGGUUUGGCUCCCACCUCUCUCGGUGGCUUCACAAAUGCCCCUGCGGCUGCGAUGUCAAAGACAAAUGUGUCCUCAAAGGCCGUCGCUCCAUCGAGCUUGCUUGUGGGAAGAUAGACGAGUUUGUCGGCACAUUGAAGAAUCUGACUCUCUCACCGUUUGCCAUCGAAGCUUACAAAGAGCUGAAAUGGCAGGAUGGUUCUGUGGCCACGCAGCUCUUGAAUGAGUACGAAACGGCCAAAGGCAAAGUUCACGUCAGCAGUAUGACAUUGCUUCUGAAACAAGAACUUCUCUCCUAUGCUGCGGCUCUCCUUGUCUUGAAAGGGCUCGAGGCAAAGCAUCAUUUGGUGCAUCAGACCGUAAGCCGGGGCAGAGGUUCGUCUGUGGCAGCGGUGUCGUCAGAGCUUCGUAGAAAAGUCAAUGGAGAUUUGCACCGUGAUGAGUUUCAGCGAGACCUUCCGCAACCGAUGGAAAGUUUGGGGGAGCUCACAUCAAUGCCGUGGCGAACACGAGCAGAACUGGUAGAAAUCGUAAGUUCUCAGUGCUAUCGCUCGCUGCACGAUGACUUGACAGCGCAGGCCGCUUUCUUGAAGAGAUACAGGCAGUUCUUGAGAAGUAAACAGACAGUGCAACGAGGCUUUGAUUUUGCCCUCAAGCAACAACAUCUGGCGGCUCUGCUUUCGGAGGGGCAGUAUUAUGCGCUGCCAGCCCAGGGCCACCAUGAGACCAGCAGCAGCAGCAACAUCGUUUGCGAAGGUUACGACAUUUUCCAGGUGCUCUCGCUGAACCCGGGCCGACGUCAGUACAUUCAGCGUGCGGCCCACAUGGCUUCAGAUGCUGCCAAGCUGCAUAGUGAGAGCAUGGAAAGCAGUGUCCAUGAACAGAACUUUCCAGCACUGCUGGAUGCUGUGCAUCGGAUUGCGGAAGAGGCCAUCGAGAGCGAAACCUUGCAACUCCGCCCGACUUCACCUCUUGACAGGGCGGCGGUGCGUUGGCUGUCGGACGAGGCCGAGCUCGCCGAUGGGAAGAUGCUGCUUCCUGCUGCUGUGACAACUCUGACCGUGCUGUCACAUCCCUCUGCGUCUCAAAAUGCAGACACGGCCUUUGGCAAGCGGCAGUGUCUGCUCGCAACAGGUUGGACUAUAGCCCCGUCUGGACGACAUGCGUCUGCAAAGCAGAAAUGCUUGCACGGCUCGCAAGCUGAAUCAUACUAUGGCCUGCUGCUGAACUUCCUGAGCUGGGUCGUGCAGCACGAAGAGGCCGGAUGGUUCUCGCACAGCCAGGACAAUCAUUACUACCGCACGUUGCUUGUGGCAUUUCAAGCCCGGGAAGAAGGGCCGGUGCCGUGGCGAAGGAGUGUCAUUGUCGACAUAUGCCACGUGCCACUCAGUAUGAAGGUGGAUUUCUACACCAGGUUGCAGUCUUUCCUGACAGGACGAUUGCAAGAUGACCCCCGGAGUGAACUGGAGACGCGAGAGCCUCGUGGGAAGAGGGUGUCGUUGACAGAGGCAGCGAUGUCGCAGACGCAGUUCCUGGUGUGGCCCUACACGAAUUCGAAGAGAUUCCGGCUGGUCACGCGGGGGACGCGGCAGCUGCCCCUGUCGCUCUGCCUGCACCUCCGGAAGAUUUUUCUGCUCGCAGUCCGGGUCUGA